AUGAAAUUCAAAGAUCCGGGAGUAGGAACAUUUGUUUCCUGGGAUUAUGUAGUGUUUGCCAGCCUGUUUGUGGUUUCUUCUGCGAUAGGGGUCUUCUUCGCGGUAAAGGAGAGAAAGAAGGUCACCUCAAGGGAGUUCCUGGUUGGGGGAAGGCAGAUGACCUUCGGUCCAGUGGCUCUCUCUCUCACAGCCAGCUUCAUGUCAGCAGUAACGGUCUUGGGGGCCCCUUCAGAUGUGUACCGGUUUGGGGGCUCCUUUGUCGUCUUUGGUAUUGCCUAUACCUUUAUGGUGAUACUGACGGCUGAGGUUUUUCUGCCUGUUUUCUACAGGUCGGGCAUCACCAGCACAUAUGAGUACUUAGAGCAGAGAUUCUGUAAGGUGGUCCGGAUAGCUGCCACGCUUAUCUACAUGGUGCAGACGAUCUUGUACACAGGGGUAGUGGUGUACGCCCCUGCCCUCGCCCUCAAUCAAGUAACUGGCUUCAACCUAUGGGGAUCCAUAUUUGCAACUGGCAUAGUCUGCACAUUUUACUGCACGCUAGGCGGCUUGAAAGCGGUGGUGUGGACAGACGCUUUUCAGAUGGUGGUGAUGGUGGUGGGCUUCCUGACAGUGCUCAUCCAGGGAGCCAUGACAGCAGGGGGGCCAGGGGAAGUGUGGAAGACAGCACAGAGAGGCUCCAGGCUGCAAAUCUUUGACUUUGACCCUGACCCCCUGAGACGCCACACUUUUUGGACCAUCUCCAUUGGGGGCACGUUUACCUGGCUGGGAAUAUACGCAGUGAAUCAGUCAACAAUCCAGCGAUGCAUCUCCUGCAAGUCUGAGAGACAUGCACAGCUAGCUUUAUACUUCAAUCUGAUUGGUCUGUUGGUGAUCUUAGUGUGUGCAGUCUUCUCUGGUCUCAUCAUGUAUGCCUUGUAUGCAGACUGUGAUCCCUGGUCUGCUCAAUUUGUUCAACAACCUGACCAGCUUAUGCCUUACUUUGUUCUGGAUAUUCUGGGAGAUCUGCCUGGACUUCCAGGGCUUUUUGUAGCCUGUGCUUUUAGCGGCACAUUAAGUACUGUGGCUGCCAGUAUCAAUGCUUUGGCGACUGUAACCUUUGAAGACUUUGUCAAGCAGUGCUGUGACCUCUCUGACAAAGCAAGCACCUGGAUCAGCAAGGGACUGUGUGUUGUGUUUGGGGUGGCCUGCACCACAAUGGCUGUCGCAGCAUCCUUUAUGGGUGGAAUUGUACAGGCAGCGCUAAGUAUCCAUGGGAUGUGUGGAGGUCCCAUGCUGGGCCUUUUCUCCUUGGGCAUCCUGUUUCCCUGGACAAACUCAAAGGGAGCUGCAGGGGGCCUGGUACUGGGCAUCAUUUUGUCCUUCUGGGUUGGUAUGGGGGCCUUCAUCUAUCCAUCUCCUGAAAGCAAGACUCGGCCUCUGUCACUCUCAACUGACAGUUGUGCCCCCCUAAAUGUCUCCUUAGCCAACACAACAGAUUCCUCAGUCACUUUGGGAGCCAUAUCUCCUUUUCCCAGGCCACCCCUAGCUGAUUACUGGUACUCCAUGUCCUAUCUGUACUACAGUGCAGUGGGCUCCAUUGCUACUGUCAUAGGGGGGCUGCUAAUUACCUUUCUGACAGGUCCCACCCCAGCUGAGGAUGUGAAGCCCUGGCUGAUACGUCCAGUCUGUAACCUGUUCUGUUUUUGGUCUGAAAAGUACAAGAAGAUAUGUUGGUGUGGUGUUGAGCAUGAGGAGGUGAACCUGGAUUUGGAAAAUCAUGCUACCCACCUGCAAGACCCCGCAAUGACACAAGAAAAGCCCCCUGACCAUGAGGACUAUGUCAAAAAACACCCCAUAGGACUGGAACAGAAGAGGACUUACACAAAUGCAGGAUUCAUCAGAGACACAGAAUUUUAG